AUGUUCCUUGUGUCCCAUUCUUGGGCUAGAGUGUUGUUUGAUUCUGGUGCCUCUUAUUCUUUCAUUGCUUUAUCAUUUGUACGGGCAUUGGGUUUGGAAGCCAGUCAGUUAGAUAGACCACUUUGUGUUGACAUGCCUGUUGGGGGUUCAAUUGCUCUUAGUAGAGUCUGUCGGAGUUGUUCCAUCACGAUUACCAGAUUUGUUCUUAAGUUUGAUCUCAUCCUUCUCGAGAUGACAGGGUUUGACGUCAUUCUUGGGAUGGACUGGUUGUCUUCCUUCAGAGCCGUUAUUGAUUGCUUUAGGGGCAGAGUAGGACAGGAUCGGCAAACAUUCUUCUUAGCUAGCCCCUUAGCCGAUAAUAUUGUUGAGAUGUGCGGAGUUGAGUAUCCGUUGGCUAUGCGUGAUUUUCUGGAUGUGUUUCCGGAGGAUUUAACAGAGUUGCCUUUACACCGAGAGGGAGAAUUUGCCAUUGAUUUGAUGCCUGGUACUGCGCCAAUCUCUAUGGCUCUGUAUCGUACAACACCAAUUGAAUUAAAAGAAUUGAAGAGACAGUUUGAUGAUUUGAGGACUAUGGCUCGCGUCAAGACUGUAGCGCGUAGACACUAUCACGGCACCAGACGCAGACUUGACGACGGAGCCGGUCCAUCUCAUGUCCGUGCUCCUAGUCCCAACCAUACACAGAGGAGAGUCCGGUAG